GACUUACCUUGUAGUAGAAGGAGCAGUUCACCUUGUCCUGCUCAGUACCGUAGAUGCUCGCGAGGAAGGAAGCCAUUGUGGCAGGGUAGGGCCAAUCGUAAGAUUCAAGAUUCGGGAAUCCGAUAGGAGCCAAUCGAAUGGUUCUCCUGAUGAGAUCAGAAUGCACAGCACAGAUUGCUCGAGUAGACAGCAAAGCGAAGAAGGAUAUCACCAGGAACGUCGUGCUACUGAGAAGGUGGUGGUCAGUGGCCUCAGCCACAUUUGUGCCUCGGCUGAUCGGGCGGAAGGACGAUUCUCGGGGCCGCGCGCUCUUUCCGCUCCGCUCGCCUCGCUCCGCCUCGAUCCAUCUACCGCCAUUCCGCCGCUAUGUUGAUUGUCCGUCUCCACUACCACCAAUACUGGCAACCAACUUCCUACAACAGGAUCGCAACACAUCGCUUCACGCGAUAAGAACGCGGAGCACGCAGCCGCUUUACCACCUCACCCUACAGGUCGCGGCUCAUCAAGCGUCCUCUGUUACUCCUUCGCGCUGUCAAGUCGCUCCGGGCCACUUCCGUCGAAGAAAGAACGGGCUCGCACAGACACUUCGUGGUCCGGACCUCGCCUUCUCCAAUAUUCAUUGAGGUCGUCUGCCUCGGCAUUGUCAUAUGACAACACUUUGUCGCUCGUCAUAGAAGCUCAAUAGGAGCGACUAUGACUGUCAGUCAUCGCAAGACAAAAGUAGCUGCAAAGACAGAUGAUCGGACAGAGCCCGGCGUUCAAUAUCACUGCGACAUAUGCGAAGCUGACAUUACCUUGACGGUUCGCAUACGCUGCGCUGGCGGUUGCAAGGACUUUGACCUUUGCGGCUCAUGCUU